AUGCUGCUGACCAUAUCUCGACGACCCAAGCCAGAUCGAGAGGUUCUUGUUGAUGGACAGCCGUUCGAGACCAUUGUACCUGGGGGAAUACAAGCUGUUUGGUGUGUUGCUGGCUUGUUUACUCUAUCGGGGAAAAAGGAGCGGGGUCGCAAGAGCCAAGUGAUGCGUGUGCAUAACGCUCGUCAGGUCGACUUCGAGGAUAUGGCUAAUUCACAACUCCCUCCGAGCACUUUCGCUCCAGACCCAGAUGCUCUCAAUGUGGACUACAUCAACACGAUCCAUGAGAAUGAGAAUGAAUGGUACAACCAGGAUUUCGGCGACUACAUGAUCACAGAACAGCCCUUGUUUACGAGAAGACCGGUUCGUAUGGUCUGCGUCGGCGCCGGAGCAACAGGCCUGCAGCUUGCGUACAAGACGGAGCGUCUGCUUAAAGAUGUGACUUUGCAGAUCUACGAAAAGAACAACGAUAUCGGCGGCACCUGGCUCGAGAACCGCCCGGAGAUCUGGCAGUACCUCAAGAACCUGGCCACCAAAUACGACCUCGAACGAUAUGUCAAGUUCUCUCACCGUGUUGAAUCCGCCAGGUGGGAUGAUGACCAGGGGCUUUGGGUUCUGUCGGUCAUCACCCCUCAGGGCGACGUGAUGGUUGACCAAUGCGAGAUCCUAGUGGAUGGAACCGGGGUGCUAAAUCAAUGGAAGUACCCAAACAUCCCUGGGCUUGACGUCUUUGGAGGCAAGCUCAUGCACACUGCAGAGUGGGAUCAUAGCUACGACUUGACAGGGAAGACAGUGGCGGUCAUUGGCGGCGGAUCGUCUGCGGUGCAGGUGAUUCCCUCUAUCCAGCCUAAUAUCAAGAAGCUGAUCCCAUUCCUAAGAUCCCCGGUUUGGAUUACUCUGGGCUUUGGUGCCAAGUAUGCAGGUCCUGGUGGAACCAAUUUCGAAUAUUCCGAAGAACAAAAGAAGGCUUUCAGAGAGGAUCCUCAGAUAUACGACAAGUACUGUCGUGAUCUUGACGGCGAGUUGAACAAGCGGUUCACUCUUAACCAUCUCCACAGCAAAGACCAGAAGAUGUCCCGAGAAGUGCUCUCAAAGAUGAUGCGAGAGAAGCUCAACAACGACGAGAGGUUGAGCGACCACUUGAUCCCCGACUUUGCCUUGGGCUGUCGAAGAAUGGUGCCGGGGUCAGAGUAUCUGCAGAGCCUCACAAAAGACAACGUCGAAGUUGUAACUUCGGACGCAGUACGAUUCACGGAGAAUGGAAUCAUCGAUGGCGAUGGGAACGAACAUGUCGUGGAUGCUGUCAUAUGUGCAACUGGAUUCGAUACGUCAUAUUCGCCGCCGUAUGAAUGCAUCGGCAAGAACGGUCAGAACCUCAGAGAGAAGUUUGGAGAUGAGCCGAGAGGUUACUUGUCCAUCAUGGUGGAUGAAUUUCCGAAUUUCUUUUUAUUCAUCGGUCCCAACGGCCCAGCCAGCCAUUCCUCUCUGUUGCCCAUCCUCGAGUGGCACACCCGCUACCUCUUCCAGCUCAUUGACAAGAUGCAGCGUGAAAAUAUCAAGUCCUUCACGCCGAAGACGGAGUGUGUCCAGGACUUUUACCAGCACACCCACACCCUCAUGAAACGUCUGGUGUGGUCCUCAGCGUGCCGCUCGUGGUUCAAGAACGGCAAGCAACACGGACCCGUGACGGCCAUCUGGCCAGGGAGCAGAUUGCACUACUUCGAGGCCCUCAAGACGCCGAGAUACGAGGACUUUGAGAUAGCCUACCGGACCAAGAACCGCUAUCAGUUUAUGGGCAACGGGUAUACGGAGGAGGAGAUGAAGCCCGAUGGCAAUCCUGUCUGGUACUUUGACGAUCCAUUCUGCAAGGUCUAG